UUGAUGGAUGCUGCCCCGUGGGACAAGAGUUUCAUCGUCGUCUUCUCGACACCACAACAAGUAAUAUGCUCUUCAUUGUGCCAGUGUUGUAUUUCUUCGUGCCGCAGGCCUUAGCAUCAUGCCCACCACUGCAGUCGGAGACGGUCCGGGUGGUGUGUUGGCUCGGCGAGCGUGCCGUCGACUGCAUGAAGGACCCUGUGCCGCCUGGAACCCUAGCCAGGUUCUUCUGCAUGCCUGGGCAUCAACUCUCGCUGCCCAACAUGCCGCCCGCGAGGUUCCAGUCCCGCUGCGGCAGCGAUAGCGCCUGGAGUAUGCAGCCCUUCAGCUGCCAGCCAGUGACUUGCCCACCGUUGCAGCUUCGGACGGUGGUUGCGGAUUGCACGCUCGCGGGGCAGCCGGUGCCCUGCAAAGAGCAGCCAGUCUCGCCGGGGACCGUCGCCACUUUUAAGUGCAAGCCCGGCCACAAGAUCAAGUUCGGGUAUUCCCGGGACCCGAACUUCCAGUCGCAGUGCGGCACGGACGGGCUGUGGAGCGAAGGGCCCUUUCGAUGCGAACCGGAAUCGAGUGCAAGUGCGGCAACCCCAGCGCCAGUGACGUGCCCACCGCUGGAGUCGAAGACGGUGCUGGCAGAGUGCCGGUUCCAGGGACGGCCCUUCGACUGCACGGCGCGGAGCGUGCCUGCCGGAACCACCGCCAGGUUCCGCUGCAAACCCCUGCACCAGUUCCUGUUCGGCUACCUGCCGGCCUCCAGCUUCGAGUCCCAGUGCGGGGCAGACGGGCAGUGGACAGUGCAGCCCUUCCGAUGCGAGCCCAUCUGCGGGCAGCCCACCGGCAAAGGGAUCAGCUUCAUCCGCGACGGCAACGUGACGGCCUCAGCAGCCGACUUCCCCUGGCACGUGGUCAUCUACGACCUGACCAAGGACCUGCAGCAGAUCUGCGGCGGCACGCUCAUCUCGCCCAAGUACCUCGUGUCCGCUGCUCACUGCUUCCACGACGGUAAGAAGAUGUCUCCCGAGGCAAUAUACAGAGCAGGUUUUGGGAAGAUCAAGAGGAAUGUCAGCGAACAAGAGCCAAACGAGCAGUACAGAGAGCUGGAGAAGAUUUACAUCAAGGACUACGGUGGCAGCAAAGAACUGUAUUCGAAUGACAUAUCACUCGUGGAGCUCCGAGACGAGGUGGACAUUACUUCCACCACGAUGCCCGUUUGCGUGGACUGGGGCUUGGAGCUGCCCAACCUUCGCCAUGGAGAGCUGGGCGCGGUCGUCGGCUUCGGCGACACUGCGGAGAGAGCGCACGACUCCUUGCGGUUCGCCUUGCUGCCCUUCAUCAAGAGCGCCGAAUGCAAGCGGCACGUCACGGACAGCUUGGCCGUGUACAACAAGCUUCCUGACAAGUUCUGCAUCGGGUUCGUGAACCGCACGACGGUGGCCAAGGGAGACAGUGGGGGUGGCAUCGCCUUCCCGAACGAGGAGCGGGCGUGGUAUCUGCGCGGAGUGGUGUCGCUGGGCAGCUCGCAAGAGACCACCUACUCGUUCUUCACCAACCUCACCACCUUCGUGCCGUGGAUGUCAGGCCUCAUUCAACUCGGGGAGAGUGACGCCCCGUCGCGAGGCACACUUCAAGAGCCUCGAAAGGCGAUCAACGUCAGCGCGGUGGUUCGCGGCUUCUUCCCGAGCGACGUGCUCGCCGCUUCAGGCUUGUUCUACAACAUCCUCCUCCUGGAACUGAAGCAGCCCGUGCACCUGAUGCCCGUGUGCUUGGACUGGACUGGCGGUGCGCUGCUCAAAAAGGAGCGCCUCGGAACGGCGCUGUCAGACUACGAGACGGACAAUUCGACGGUGUGGACGCGCCUUCCCAUUUUGAACACCACCAGCUGCAAGCAAUUGAGCUCGGCCCAGCCCGGCAGUCACCAUGUGUGCACUGUCCAGGAAGGUCCGAAGCAACUGCGAGCCCACAACAGCUUGUACGUGUUCGCCGGCAGCACAUGGUUUCUGCGCGGCGUCGGGUCCGACAGUGUGUCGACACCUGACGGCACCGUCACCGCGUACACUGACAUGAGCGACCCCGGCGUGCGUCAAUGGCUGUCCAAGACCAGCGACAUGAUCGGCAAGCCCACUUGUGGCAACGUGAAUCUGUGCGAGCCGCUCUCUGCCGGACUCUCGCUGCGCGGACACAUGCCCUGGACGGUGGCCGUGGUGGUGGGCUCUGGAAGCGGCAGCCGCACGGAGUCCGGCAUGCUCAUCCAGCCGAACGCGGUGCUCACAGACAGCGCAGCCGUAGUGAACCUGUCUGGUUGGAACGGUGACGGUAUAGUCCCGACAGUGUCAACAGACUCUAUCACUGUACUCUGGACAGCCGCAGACGGUAGCGUUAAGAGAAGCCAGGUGGUCCGUGUGCUCGUGCGCGAGAGUGCCGAGGUCGGGAAGGACGGCCGGCCGCUCCUGGACGUGGCGCUGCUCGAGCUGCGUCCGGACCAGGCCGUGCUCGCCACCCCGAUAUGUCUCGACCUCAACGGAAACGUGCUCCAGCCGUUGGCAACCGGGCAGCUGGGCUUGGUCGAGGCGUGGUCCUCGUGGGGUCCUACCAACCACAGUUUGGUGAGUGUGCCGUUUAUGGGACCAGCGGAGUGCAGCACCCAGCUCCGCCAGUCUUCAAAUCGGUCAAGGGAAUCCAAUGAGUUUUGCACGUCAGCCACCCCCGGCGUUCUGGAUCCGACGGCGGUGCUUGGAGGAGGCUUCUUGGUGUCGUCUGGCAGCCAGUGGUAUCUGCAGGGACUCUACACGGGCUUUGCCCGGCUGCGCCAUCGCACCGUGGGACUGGCGUCUGACUUCCGUGACGAUGCCCUGAAAGGAUGGAUGCGGGAGGAGCUGAGGAAGAUAAAACCCGUGAACUUGAAGUCUCCAGACGACAGUGGGCCGAAGAACUGUGUAGGAGGGCGGCCGACUGCUACUGAGUGCGGCCUGUUCAACUCCAAGGAUGAGCUUCAAGACGAAAACGACUUUCUCUACAAGGCGUCCAGAAACCGCAUGGAGUGGAAUGUCCAGGUGCACGUGUAUCGCAACAACCCCGUGUGGGAGGUUCGUGGGGGCGUUCUCAUUAGGACAUCAAUGGUAGUCACGUCCGCCUUAAACAUGUUCUCGAGGAAAUCAAAUGAGUCGUCGGGCCCCGGAGAAGCCAUCCGAACGAGCAACGUCCUCGUCAAAUACAUUACUGCCGACGGAAGAGGCCCUUUCUCUGUUGAAGUGCGGCGGAUCCACCUCAAGGAGCGUUGCCCGGGCUGCGGGCCGCGGGCCGAGGCCCCGCCCGAGCUGCACUACGACGUGGCACUGCUGGAGCUCAGCUCGCCCGUCACGCUGAUGCCGGUGUGCGUCCCCAAACCCGGAUGGGUGACGGCGCCGCUCAACUCGCUGACCGAAGGGCUGGUAGAAGUGUGGGAUGACGCCUACUCCAGCCAACGGACUCUGGUUCCUACACUGUUCCGCACCCUGGGCGCAUGCAGGAUCGCACCUCCUGUAGACUUCCUCAACGCCGAGUUUUGCACCGAACCGACCUCAGGGGCGACGCGAAAAACGCCUUCAGUCGGGGCGGCCUUCUCCGUCCUGGCGACGGGCGGGGCGGGCGGCUGGUUCCUGCGCGGCAUCCAGGGCACGCCCUGGAACAGCACCAAGGGGGGCACCGUGCCCGUCUUCUACAACGUGGACGAGCCCGGCCUCAGGGAGUGGCUCAACGAGAAAAUGCAACUCCGGACAACCGACGGAAGCAUAGGUAGGAUGUUCCGUCACUGA